UUCUUGACCGAAAGGUCCAAUCAAAGUUUUGAGGUCUCCAGAUUAGUCGACCCGAUUGACGCACCCUGGCUCAACCUUAGCUCAUUAAUAAACCAACCACUCAAAAAGAAGAAAAAAAAAGAAGCGACUCUACCAAAGGAAAACAAUAACAGAGAAAAUUCUUCAAAAAUCGAAGGAAAAAUGGCGUUGCAAUGGAUGAUACUGGCAUACGUAGUGGCGGCAGAGGCAGGGGUUGCAAUUCUCUUAACUCUACCUUCGCCAAAGGCUCUGAAAUCUCGUAUUGUGUCAUUGAUCUCUCUUAUUCUCCAGCCUUCACUCUUCGUCGUACCCUUCUCCGCUUUUCAGCUCCUGGAUAUAUAUUGGAAGAAUGAGCAUCGGUUGAUGUGUAGUGGGGAGAUCUGCACUGCUGCUGAAAGAGAUCGCUAUGAGAAAUCGAUCUACAAGGCUCAGAGGAAUGCAGUUUUGUGUGUUUCAGCUUGCCUUCUGUAUUGGUGUAUCUACCGUAUUUGCAAGUAUCACAGGGAUAUUCAGAGCAUGGAGGAAGUCGAGAAGAGGUACAAGGAGCAUUAGAAGAUUCAGUGGCUUAGCCAUUCAGUUGCAUCGAUAGUGAAGCAUAUUAUGCAUCUACCACUGCCAUUAUUUUUUCGUUUUACAGUUUAUGUUUACUGUUUUAUGUUGAAUAAUUCGUCGUGUAUUUGUAGUAGGGAUCUGAAGUUGUGCAAUUUUAUAAUAAUUUCUUUUCGAACAGUGGGACGUUAGAAUUCUUUCAAUCAUGAGAAUACCAUAUUCUGCCAA